AUGAUGGAGCCGCGACCACCCACCGGAGCCAGUGAAAGCAGCCGGAGAAGUGGGCAGAGUGUCGGCAGCCGGCAGAGCCGAAGAAGUGCCACGGUGAGUGUCCACUCCCGGGCAUCGGAGGUAGAUGUGAUGAGAGUUCCUCCAAGACACCGGCCCAUUCGAGAUGGAAGCUUCCUUCCUCAGGCUGGGUCUUUUACGGUGACUGGGUUGCCCGGUUACACUGGAUAUGUGCCUGGCAAAGUGGCUGAGAACGUGUAUGGCUUGACUUUUCAGAACGCGAAUGAGCGUUCUGCUGCUGAGGCAAAGAUUCUGCGCAGCACUGGGCGUUUGCCCAUGUCCUAUGCAGGACGUACUUACGAUGGCCCUGCUCCUGGUGCUGAGAUUCCGGGCUACACUGGCUUCAUUCCUGGACGGUAUGCAGACAACGUCAUGGGAACUACAUUUGCGAAAGGCGCCGAAGUCGCAUUCAUCGUCAAAAAUCAGCAAAUGGCAGAUCGACUUCAUCGAGGCAGGGAGAGAGACCCGUCAGCCGGUCGCGGUGAGAGACCAUCCGGCAUGAUUUCCGUGACCUCCAGCCAAGUCAGUCUUUCUGCGCAGUUCUUUGCCGUGGCCCCGAACUGCCAGAACGAUAGAUGCGGCAACAAGCAAUGCACCGCUAUGCUGAUAUCUGGAUGCAGAGAGGUAGCCAUUUUGGCUCAAGGUGCCUUCCUCCUCGAGAAGUUCAUCCGCGAGUACGUUUGCUCAGGGGGGUGGAGUGGAGGUGAAGCAUCCGGACUGUGUCCCCGGGUGUGGAUCGCCCGUCAGUACCCUGACUCUGAGUAUGGAAUGGCGCCAUCAGCGGUUGCUUUAGGAGUUCCAUGGCUGCUCUUGGAGCUGUCCGCCGUGGUGAUUGCGCUUCAUGGAGUUGCUGCCGUUUGCACUGAAUUUGUCUUUCAGACCGAAGGCUUCGUUUUCGGCUUGUUCUACACCUUCGCUCAAUGUCUAACAUUCGCUGUGCUGGCGCUGGCGCAGUGUGCAAUCAGAGGAAUCCCGACACUGCAUGUUUCAGCUCUUCGUGGUUCCGCGAUUGCUGGGUUGGCGAUGACCGUUUCCCAUGGCUGCGGAAUUCUGUCGUACAUCUACAUCAAUUACACAACAGCCAUGGUCUUCAAGAGUGCAAAAGUGCCCAGUGUCUUGCUCGGCGCGAGAUGGAUCAACAAAACGGCUUUGACAGCCCGCGACCUUUUUUGGGCGCUGUGUAUGAUGAGCGGGUUACUCCUGUUUGCCCUGGGAGAUGGACUGGAGUCGGCACGAUUUACAGUGCUGGGGCUUGUUUUCAUUGCCGUUAAUCUGGCGGGCAGCACGUUGACCGCAAACUUGCAGCAAAGCGUUCUGCAGCCAUCAGCGGGUGUGGCGUCGCCCUGCCCACUGCCACGUCCUAGCCACAUUGAGAAGCUUCAGCUCCAAAGCCAGGUUGCAAUGGUCGUAGAUCUGAGGACGGGGAUCCAACCGCUCAGUGUCGCCAUCGAGUCACACACGCCAGAACUUGCAACCUCGGGGUUGAGCUGCGUGGCAGGGAACCUCGCUCUUCCAGAGUCACCAGCGUCGCCCUUGAGCGAUCAGACGGUCGCAGCCACAAGCGAGCAACUUGGUGCGGCAGUUGUGACUGUGAAGCGCGAAGUGGCCGAUGCCCGGGUCGGCUCUGCAGAAGAGGAGGAGGAAGAGGAGGAGGAGGAGGAGCCUGAGGUCAAGGAUGUAGUGCCGAUGCCCCUGACGGAACUGGAGAGAUGCGAUUCACUGCACCAAGCCGAGCUGGAGCGCCAGAAGAAAGAAGCAGAGAAAGAGAAGGAGGCCGCGGUGGAAUUGGCCACAAGUCGAGCGCGGAACGCAGCAUUUCGGUGGCAAGUGGAGUCGCCUCAGCAGCAGGUGGCGCAGAAUGCACAGAACCAGAUGCCAAAAGGCAACGAGGAGCCCGAGCAGCCGCCCGGUGUGGCACUUCGAGCUCAAGCGUGGAGGCUUUUUUACCACCGUGUACCGGAGCCUCACACGCUAAUUGUCACCAGUGCUGGACCAGCUGCUAGGCUGAUGGUGAGGGAAGGGAACAGCUCGGACUUCACGACUGCGAGCAUGAUUGACCUUCAACCAUCUACGGGCUUGUCGAGACACAGGGUGCGCGCAACAAGGGAGGACCGCGAAAGGGUGCAGCGCAGGGCCACAAGCGUCCGCGUCAAGGUCAUGAACCAAGCCAAAAGGCCUAUAUCGAAGAGCAGCACUAUGCCAAGUGGUCAAUCGGCCAAAUCGCCCAUUGAUGCCCACAAUUAUGCACAGGCUGCCCAAGCCUCAGGGAUCGCCGUUAUCAUCAAGGCAGUGAAGAUGAAUCAGUUGGAUUUCACAAUACUGCUCUUCGACGGCGACAAGCACGCAGUCAUACAACACGAUGUCCUACGCAUCAUGAGGGAGUUGGCCGUCAUCUUCCAGCGCGAGAUUACAUCUCGGCAGCAGGGAGAAAGAGAGUACCCCGAACUGGUCAUGGACCAGGAGCUCUCAGCCCCGAUUGGUGUUGAGGUGCUUGGCCACCGCCAGCUCAAUGAGCUGUUGCACUACACGCCGCACUGCAGAUCGGAUUUCGAGUACUUCAUGGACAAACGUAUUGGCCCUGGCAGUCGGGUUUAA